AUGGCGGCUUGUCCGAGAGGCUGCAGCCCGGCUGUGCGCCUUUGUCAGAAGCUGAACCGGCUCAAAACACUGGACGAUGACAUGAUGGCCACGUCGCUGAAACGCUGCCUCUCCACCCUGGAUCUGACUCUGUUGGGAGUCGGCGGCAUGGUGGGCUCUGGGCUUUACGUCCUGACAGGAACAGUGGCUAAAGACAUGGUUGGGCCCGCUGUUAUCAUAUCCUUCAUUUUUGCGGGUUUUGCCUCUCUACUGGCCGCCUUUUGUUACGCAGAGUUUGGAGCGCGCAUUCCCAAAACAGGAUCUGCCUACAUGUUUACCUAUGUCUCCGUGGGAGAGAUCUGGGCCUUUCUCAUUGGCUGGAAUGUGAUUCUGGAGAACAUGAUUGGCGGCGCUGCCGUGGCACGAGCCUGGAGUGGCUAUCUGGACUCCAUUUUUAACCACGCCAUCCAGAACUACACGGAAACGCACGUAAUGCAGUGGAACGUGCCCAUCCUCGCCCAUUACCCUGACCUCCUCGCGGCGGGGAUUCUAGUCGUUGCCUCGUUCUUCAUUUCCUUCGGCGUUCAAGUGUCCUCUUACCUCAAUCAUAUCUUCUCCACUGUAAGCAUGAUUGUCAUUGUUUUCAUCCUGGUAUUUGGCUUUAUACUGGCUGAACCAGCCAAUUGGAGCCAGAAAGAAGGAGGUUUUGCACCUUUCGGGAUGUCUGGAAUACUGGCGGGCUCCGCCACAUGCUUCUACGCAUUUGUGGGUUUCGAUGUCAUUGCAUCCUCAAGUGAGGAGGCAAAGAACCCACAGAAAGCUAUUCCCAUCGCCACUGCGAUCUCCCUCGGACUGGCCGCGGCAGCUUACAUCCUGGUCUCCACGGUGCUCACGCUAAUGGUACCCUGGCAUACACUGGACCCCAACUCAGCUCUAUCAGAUGCUUUCUUCCGCCGGGGUUACAGUUGGGCUGGAAUCAUUGUGGCAGUCGGUUCCAUCUGUGGCAUGAACACUGUGCUGCUAGGUAAUCUCUUCUCCCUCCCUCGGAUUGUGUACGCCAUGGCGGAGGAUGGGUUGUUCUUCUCCAUUUUUGCACGGGUCAACCCCGUCACCAAAGUCCCUGUCAUUGCUAUACUGGUGUUUGGGAUCCUCAUGGCCAUCCUGGCUCUCAUCUUUGACCUGGAGGCGUUGGUCCAGUUCUUGUCCAUCGGCACCCUCCUGGCAUACACCUUUGUGGCGGCGAGUAUCAUUGUCCUGCGCUUCCAGCCCGACAAAACCAGCUCCAAGGAAAGUGCUUCCACGUCUCCCAACCCCAACGCCGAGCCUUCCCCCGCCCCCUCAGAGUCUCAGACCAUAAACGAGGACAGCGGGGAGCUGAAGCAGUACGAGUCCUUCUCCGACAAACUCCAGUUGGUGGAGAGGCAGGCGGCGAGAGAGCCGCGUGGGGUGGGACAGCUGAAGGCCUUCUGGGAACCGUACCUGGGCAAGCUGUUUGGGAACUGUGAGCCGGGCGAGGUGGUGGGCUUCUGCGUGCUGGCUCUGAUGGUGAGCUCAGUCUCCUUCUGCGCCGUGUUAGAAUUUGGAAACCACCAGCUGCAGCUGCCGGUCUGGAGCUUCGCAAUGCUACUGGUGAUUUUUAGCUUAGCUUAUAUUGUCAGCCUGGCGCUCAUAUGGAUGCACGAGCCACAAACCAACAGAAAAACAUUCCAGGUACCUUUGGUUCCAUUGACUCCAGCUGCCAGUAUCCUCAUUAACGUGUUCCUCAUGAUGAAGCUCAGCUACCUAACCUGGAUUCGAUUCACCGUUUGGAUCGCCAUAGGUCUCUUGGUGUAUUUUGGCUAUGGGAUCUGGCACAGUAAGGAGGGCAUGCGGGAGCUGCAGCCCAAAGACAUGGCCGCCCGGUACGUGGUGCUACCCAGCGGCAGCCUGGUAGAGACAGUGCAGCCUGUCCAGCCCGACGGAGAAGUGGUGGACGCCUCGGCGCACCACACCAGCCCCUCCACUGCCUCGACCGCUGAGGAGUACUCAGAAAAGAGAUGAUGUGUGACCAAACAUAGUCGUUACUACUGCCUGGUAUUGUCUGCUGUCUCCCACUCAUACGCUUGACUAUUACUAGUGUUCUCUCUGUAUCUCACUCCCUUUAGCGUGUGACUGGCCUGCCACAGUCUGUACUCGUUGCUCUGCAAAUGUAAGCACACCACAGGAUGGGAUGCACGCUCUCUGUCUCGUUGUGAAGCCUAUUUGUAUAUCUUGUAAUACUCAAAUGUACAGUAGAGAGCUUUAUUACUGUCCUGCAAACUCCUAGCAUCAAAAUUGUGUUAUAUCCUUCGAGACCAGCUCUUUUCUUGCAACCUUGCCAGUUUGUCAGAAUCCACGUUGUUAUAGGUUAUAUAUGGUGCUUUCUUUGUGACAAACGUUUAGCUAAAGGUGCUAAAUGCGAGAUUGGGAGCAUUUCUACUGACUCUCGGCACCAUGUUGAGAGCCGUGUGGAGGCAAUAGAAAUGCUCUGAAUUCCGUAUAGAGAACCUUUAAGUAUACUCAGUGGAUAAUUUGUUUUUUUAAAAAGGAAAAUCAACAUUCACCAAAAUAGUAAUUUUUAAGAUAUCAUUUUGAGCACAUUAAGCAUUCAUAAAUUGCAUGUUUUUAUUAGCUCAACUGAGGAAUGCACACACUUUUGUGAGUUUACAUUUUUGCCUUUUUCUUUUGUUCUUCUCCCCAAAGCCUCAGGAGAAACUAUAGGCUCUAAUCAUUUGGAUCCUCUUAGUCCAUCUCCUCCUUUUGGUACUCAUAGACUGCCCUUAGUGGCUUCUGGCAAUUAUUUAAUCCCAUAUUCUACGAUAUGUAUUUAUUUUUCUAUUAUCGCUUUUAUACAGAUAAUAUUAGCUUUAAUUUUUUCUGAGUUGUGAUUGUCCUUUUUCUGUGUGUUAUUCUCAUUCCCAGGGUGUCAAAUACCGAUGCUUUGUCACGGCCGUUGGCGUUUGAUACUGCUGCACAAGGCACCCUUUAGUGCCCUUUAGCUUCCGUUAACUACAAUGUAAACCCAUCCUUAGCAACAGUAAACGCUCAGAGAAAGUGCUGUGGUGACGUAGUUUAAAGACCAAAAAGACACACAUGGGAGGGGUGGUGAAUGGGGCCAACAAACACAAGCCUUUCAUCCUGUUCGUGUCCAGUGCGUUAAGUUUCACUUUCACGUUACAAUCAGCUGUUCGUUCGUGUCGUAGUAGUUUUAAAUGCAACCAUGUAGUUUUUUUUCCUAAACCUAACUAAGUGCUUUUACUGCCUAAAUCUAAAAUGACGACAAGGGGCGUGACAAAGCAACCGUAUGUGACGAGCUGGGAUGAGAAUGUGUUUGAGUUAUAUAUGUUUUGCAUGUACCUCUAUUUAUCUCCGUAUCAGUAAUUUGUGUUCACCUUUUAAGUGGCUGACAUCACUUCAGUGCUUCACUUAAUCUCCUAAAUCUCAUCCCAUGACCCUGUUCUUUUUUGUGUCACUGAUCUUGCACUCGUGCCGUCUUUUCUCACGCACAUUCACACAGCAGUCCUUUACCCUUUCUCCCUGUUGGUAUAUGAGAUUAGGAAUCAAAGCACAUAGUUUAUUAACCUUUUAUUUUACUGUGAUUUCCUGAGAUAAUCUGAGAGAUAAUUACAUUAUUGGAUAUAUAAAGCAAGCACAAACCUACUGAAUCCUGGGAAUCUUCACACACAGGGUAGAAUAUUGGCAGACAGGCAGACUUUGGUUGCUAUGUUAAACCCGGGAUGUGCUUCAUCUCUCCGAGGCCUCCGUAAUCCCAGCAGAUUUGCAUUAGUCCCUGUCGCCAGUCUGCAGUUUGACCUAGAUUAGAGAAAGGCACAACAUGUGAGAACACUCAUAUUAUACAGAAAACAUUCCCACAGCCUACACAUGGAAACAACAGUGUCAAUAAGUGAUGUGAGGCUUUAUUUUUUAUUACAUACUGGUAAAUGUACUUUAAAAGAUCCCAAUGAAUUGUGUGUUUUUUUCAUUUCAGUUUGUGUUUGCAUGUAGACAACAAACCAAUGGCCUUAAACGUGCUGUAAUCAAUGCAGACUGAUUCCCAAAGUUAAUCAGUCUUAAUGAUUUAGUUGUUACAUUUCUUUGUCUGUUAGAUAAAAACUUUCAUGCUUUCUAAAUAUUAAACCAAAACACAAACAUGCGAGAGAAUGUACAGUAGGAGGCAUUUUGGCAUUAUUUUAGAGAAUUUUGUACAACUUUGCACACUGAAAACUAUUGUCUGGUAUUUUUCUGUUUCACAGUUAUGCUUUGGAUGUCGAGGCCAGUGACAGAUACAGUAUAUGGUGAUACCGUUGUGCUUUCUGAAGCUGAACGUUCUCUCACUUUUUUCUCUGUCUGUUUUGUGCCAGGAAGCACAGUUAUAAAUGAUCCAAUUCUCUUCUGUAUAGUAUUGUACUCUGUACUUGCACAUUAAGUUCUGAAAUCUUCUGUUAUAGUGUAUGUCUGUAUAAAAUGCAAAAGACUGUGUUAUAAAUUAAAAAUAAAUGUUUUGAAGCAACAUUUACAAAAA